UGAGUAUAGUAUCUUUGUGAUAAUAAAGUAAUUCUUAUAAAGUGCUGUAAAAUAAUGAAGUGAUCAUUAUAAAUAUAACAAUAAAAACAGAAAGAAUGAACAAGUUGAUAUCUUAAAAGUUAUUAAAUCAGGAUAUGGUUACACAAGUUGUACAGUAAGAAAAUAGGCGCAAAAAGAAAUAGAUAGAUUUAGAUGCAAAGUGUAUUCAAACUAACAUAGCAGAUCGCUUCGCAUAGAAGAAAGGGGGAAAACUCAUGUUGAUUUAAAGUUAUAUGAAUUGUUUAAAUUUUGAGUAGAAUAUGUUAGUAACAUAAAUAAUGUUACAAAUAUAAGAUUAUCUUCCGUUUCUAACGUAAAAUCAACCUUAAAACUUUCAUCCUUACAAACUUAAAUGAAAUAUGGAUCAUAACCAAGAGAAUAGGGUUUGAUCUAUUUCUAUAAAGAAAAAAAUAGAAGGCACUUUUAUGUUGUUCAGUUUACACGUACGUGUACAUCAAGUGAAAUGAAUAAUCUGAUACAUGUUUGUAAUAUUCGCAAGGGAUGGCUGAAAAGGAGGCAAAGAUUGAAUACGUGACAGAACCUUGCCCUAUUAAACCUCGUAAAAUAGGUCCACAGAACAUAGUAUUACGCCUGAAACGUCGGGAAACAUUUGGUUGUUCUUAUCCAGGAACACACGUACACUGUGCUAGACAAUUUUAUCAAAAUGUAUUUCCAAAUUUCACUGUUAUGAAUGUGGAGAAACCUCCAUGUUUCCUUAGGAAAUUUAGUCCUGAUGGUCGUUAUUUAAUAGCAUUUAGCGCAGACCAAACUUCUAUAGAGGUUUAUGAAUAUCGUGGUGCAUCUGCGGCUGCUGAUUUAUUAGCAAAUUGUGAAGGCGAAUAUAUUGGUCAUAAGAACGACGAAUGUAGUUUCCAAAUUAGAAGGAACAUUUUUAGUCGAUUUUUUAAGGCUAAAUGGAUUGUUAAUGUGGUUCAAAGUAAUGAACAGUUGAACAGAGAAUGCAGUUUAUUUACAGACGAUGGCCGGUAUGUAAUUGUUGGUUCAGCUGCACAUAUUCCAGAUGAAUUGAGACCACAUUUUUAUCAGAUUUAUUCUAACAAUGAAGCGCUGACUCCAAAUCCUAGAUCACCUCUUGAAGAUUAUAGCUUACACCUUGUCGAUUUACACGGAGGGAAAUUGUGUGAUACUAGACAUUUUAAAGUAGAUAAAAUAUAUUUGUCUCAUAAUCAAGGUCUUUACCUUUAUAAAGAUAUAUUGGCAGUACUGUCUGUACAACAUCAAACCAUUCAUAUAUUUCAAAUCCUUGAUGGAAUGUUUAUCAAUGUUAGAACAAUAGGAAGGUUUUGUUUAGAGGAUGAUGCGUAUUUGGUCAGAAGUGCAUGUCCAGGAGUGAACUGUCGUCCGUUUAGAGAUGUCACAAUAAACUGUCUUAAACAUAAAUUAUUAGUUUAUUUGUACAAAAGGGCGGCAUAUAUUAGCGAUACAACAAAGGAUCCAUAUGAGUUGAGACGUUUUUAUCAAUAUUUUGACCAAUUAAACGCAUUACGAAUGUGGAAAAUGCAGUUAUUAGAUACAAAUCAUGUUCUUGUGAGAUUCGCAAGUGAAGAAGUGGCGACGCUUCAAGCAAACGAACCUAAUGUACAACCUGCACUUCUGGUAGUUUAUGAUAUGGUCACUGCUAAAAUAUUAGCUGCAUAUGAUAACACAUCCACACAAUUAUUAACACAAUUUGAAAACUUCAGUGAUUUCUUCAGGAAUGCUAGAAUGAGUGGUGAUUGUCAGUAUAUGUGUUCUCCAUCUAACAAUAUAUAUGCAAGAUUGUUACAACAGAGAUUUAAACAAACAAUAAUAAGUGCCAGAUACGGUGGUGUUACAGAAGCUACGAAAAGAUUACUUGCUCAAUUGCCUAUAUGCGCUCAAUCCUACUCUAGUUCUCCGUACCUUGACUUAUCCCUAUUUUGUUACGAUGACAAAUGGGUAUCUAUGAUGGAGCGUCCCAAAGCUUGUGGCGAACACCCUAUACGGUUUUACGCUCGUGAUUCUGGUCUUUUAAAAUUUCGAAUGUAUGCGGGAAUGUUAGGUCGUACAACACCUACAGCUGCGAGACGACUAGUUGCAUUUACCUUCCAUCCAACAGAUCCAUUUGCUAUUUCUGUUCAACGAACAAACGCAGAAUACAUCGUCAGUUUUCAUGUUAGGCACGUUUAACUUUUCAUCGAAGUAUUUCAACGUAUUACAUUUUUCCGAUGAAUACGAUCUCAUUGUACAGUUUCAAUAAUAAUCUUAACUUUUCCGAACUGAAGAAUUAUUAAAAAAAGUUGAUGUAUAUGUAAAUAAUUUUAUUACGAAAGUACGAUUAAUUGGAUUUUGUACUUCGUUGAUACUUCCCUUACUCUUCAUUAACAGUAGAGCUUCGUAUAAUCUUGGAUAUAACAUUCUAUGUUCUAUAGUCCUCAGUAUAAUAAAUAUACGUUAUAUAACUUUCACAAGUUACGCAUACAUUAUAUGAAACUGUUGUCAGCCAUUCUUCUAUUAAUGAAGCAAUUUCAAAUGAUCAAGGUAUUAAGCCAUUUGGAAAUAUGUAAUUUAGUGUUACAAUAUUUUGUUAUAUACUGACUGAUAUUAAAUUUAAAUGUCGAAAUCUUUUUGUUACACGAAUUUUAAAAAUUUGAAAGUACCAUACAUGUAAUAAAAGUAUGUACAUUAUAACGAAUAAGUUAAAGUCUUUAUUA